AAGUGGAAGGGAUUUUUCUGUGACACGCUUGUGGCUAACAUAUUAUAUUUUAGUAGAGCAGAGCGCACCGCGAUGUGUUGCAGUGUCGUCUGCAUUACACCAUUCGCUUGUUGUAAUAUUAUAGUUGUACAAUUUAUUAUUCUCUUGCCGUUUUACUUGAAAGUUAAAGCCGCCCUGCCGCCUGGAGCUGAGGACGAAAUUAUACUUAUUGAGCAUCUUCCUGGAAGACGAGUUCAUCUGCAAGAUUUUUUUUGGACUGGUUUAGAAGACGCGCCACCAUGGAUAGAUCCAGAACAAACACUUACGUACUACGAAACUCGUACUGUUCAUCAUACAGCAACAGUUUACGUCCCAGAAGAGGAUGUAGGUCGAGGAAAAGACUCUGGAAGUGGAACUCGCGAUCCCGGAUGUAUCUCUUGCAUAGAACCCACUCCGACAUUGAUUGACCCUGACCAAGAAAUUGUACUUAAAGCUGGUGAAAACGUACCGUCAAGAGUUGAACUCAGGUUAGCUCGUUUAUACAGAGCUGCUUUCACGCGUCAACAACAGCGGCACUUGGGACUCUUAACUACGGAUCCUCGUCUUCGAAGAGCUACCAACAAAAAACUUACACCACUAGAUGAUGCUAAAAUAGUAUCAAGAGAAUCUACAAACAAUAGUAUAAAAAAUACUGUAGCAAUUGCCAGUUCAACAGUAGUACCAGAAUCAAUAGUAAAUAAUAAUUCCAGUUAUAUUGAGGUUGAAAAAAAAAUGAAAGAGAUUAAGAUUUUAAAUAUUUCACAUGAAAAUAAAUCCACAGUUAUAAGUGAGAAUUUAGAUAAGAAAUUAGUAGAUAAUACAGAAUCAAAACUAACUUUAAAUAAUAAUGCAAUAGAUGUUAAACCAACGAUAACAUCUUUAAAAAAUGAAACAUCAGAAUUAUUGAUGGAAAAAAUAGUCAAAAAUCCACAAGCUCUACGAUCGAAUCCAGAGCAUUAUUAUGUGGAUUACAAUGAAGAUAAUAUAAAGCCAAAUACUAAUGUUAAUAUAAAUUCAAAGACUGAAAUUGAAAGACAUGAACAAACUCCACUCAACGAUACAAAAUCUAACGAAACAAAAGUUGAUAUUAAUGAUGAAAAAAUAGAUAUAGUAAAUAAUGAAUCUUCAUUAUCAACUGUUAAGCAAAAUAUAUCUAGUUUAAAUAAUAAAACAGAAUAUUAUUCAUCAAGUUCAAGAUUAAAAACCACAGGUACAGGAAUUGUUCAAGUUAAAAUGCAAAACACGAGUGUUCAACAAGAUGGAUCGACAAAGUUAAUUUAUUCUGUUCAUUUGGGAGGAAAACCUGUACCUGCGGAAACAGCAGCCAAAGAUAUGGCGCUCCUUUCUUCUCAAGAAGUUGCUUUAGAGCUUGGUGUGCCAGUUAUUAUUCAAAGUCAACCUUACUUGAAAGAAACUCAACCGCUUGCAUUGUCGAGAAAACCAGAAGUUUGGCUGUUGAUUAGCACCGCAGGAGCGAUUGUUAUACUUUUAACUUUAAUAAUAAUUGGUAUUAUUUUAAUUGCGAGGAAAAAAAAAAUUCACAGUACUGUUUCUGCUCCUCCAACUCAAAGUAUUUUAAAAAAAGAAGCGGGGUAUACGACGUCUACACCAGGAUUAGACAACACUGGAUAUACAUCAGAGACGGAAGGACGAACGGAUGGUACCAGUCAGAGACGGACACCAGGAAGUUUUUCUCGAACUCCAGGUACACCUAUUACGCCUAACACUAUUGACGAUGAUAUACAAGAGUUGUCGAGUGACGAGGACGAGGAGACUAAAAAACAAAUCCAAGGCUCUUGGGAUAUUCAGGAGUAUCCAACGUUACCAUCUAAAGACAGAACUGGAAGAAAACGAAUAACAAAAAUGAAUGCUAUUGAAACACUAGACAGUCCUAAUUCGAUGGAGACAGUAGCUAAUGAUAAUGAAAGGGGUGAAUGUCUUGAAAAUGGUUAUGCUCAUCACUUAGAAGAAACAGCUUCACCGCAUUCUUAUUUAUCAAUGCCGCCUUGCAAAUUAUUUCCAAGUAUGAGAAGUGUAGAGCCGCUUUCUAGGAUAUUAGAACCAGUUGUGGUCCGACAUUUAGAUAUGGAGUUUGAAACUCCCGAGAUGACGAGACGCGAGAAUGGUUUUAUUAAUAAAAAGUUAGGAGAUGAGUCACUAGGACGAACAAGAAGUGCGGUAAAGGAUCCAGGAGUUGUUGGUCCGAUUGUUUGGGAUCUUAGAAGACAACGAGCGGUUGAAGAAAAUCUGGGUACGGAAAUGGACGUAGAACGGCAACUGCCAUCGUCGGGUCCCGUAGGACGAGCCAGGAGAAGACUCCACGAGCUUCUCGAGGACUCGUUCAGUCUAUUCACCGCAAAGGACAUAAAAACCAAAGAAACAAACAUUUCAGUAUCUUCACAUUCAAACGGAAUUUCACACGAUCGUGUUACGACGUGUUUGGAGUCGAAAGAGAAAUGUACUCUCGUCAGUCCGGCCGAAAGUCCAAUGGAUCAAACGAGAAUGCGUCCACGAACUUCUCUACCGCGCGACAUUCUCGAAGAAUCAAUACCGGAAACAGGAAACACAAGCGUACCAACCCGAGGGGCAUGGGGAUCGAGACCAAUGAGUGCGGGGCCGUUUCACCGACCGAAUUUACCAGAAGUAAAUGUUACUCGCGUACUCGCGGAUACUCAUCUAGCUCCGGAUGAUCCGGCUGUUCCACUUAUUGCUGCUAUUCGAAAAGAACUAGAAAAAUUUACGCCAGAUAAAAUUUAGAUUUACAUAAGGUAAAAGACCCCAUUAGUAGCACUUUUUUUUUUUCAAUGAAAAAAUGUUCUACUUGGAAUAAAAAUUAAAAAUUGUUUUGAUCUAAAGGUCUUAAAGAUUAGAAAUAAUAUAAUCAUAAUAGAAAUUAAUGAUUUAAUUAAUUGA